GCCUCACUCACCCUUCGCCUCAAUCACCCCACCCACAAGGAACACGCACGCAUGUUAUCCAAAGCCAAGACGUGGCCACCGGCGGAGCGGGAACACUACUUACUCCACAGCACCAAAGUCACAUUAUUAACACACAGAUUCUGGUCUGGUGACCCAAGACCAGUCACCAGUAGCAGCAAACUGACGGACCGCCAAGAGGGUCGGCAGCACAGCGUCCUUUGAAAUUGCCAGGCCCCGAGCACAGAGUGUCUUUGUCAAGCCGCUCCUCAAAGCCCCCCCCAAUGUACUCGACGUCGCAACACUGGAGACACACACAUACACUCGAAGAAUACUCACUCAUGGCUAGUGUCGUCCGUGUGUAAGGCCUCUCACCAUGUUGUCGCGCGGGCACUCCGGAGUCUCGAAUGUCACGGUGUCGCUACACUCUGCGAUGGUCAUUCUGUAUGCCCACUCCUGUAGCAGACACACCAGAGCAUCACAACACAACCAUGCUGGAGACUUUUUCUUUCCCUACCUCGUACUCCCCGGUAACCACAAUUAGGUCCUCCCUGCAGCAAUAACCAAGCCAGCACUGACCCCGUUGAAGCACCGUUUCAGAGCCACGAUAUUUGAAGGAGCACCACUACAAGCAAAAUUCACAUUUGCCCACACGAACACACACACAAACACGGCUACUCCGCGUGUCCCCUGCGAGAAUAAGGGCUCUUUUGCCCACCCCAGGGUUGUCCGGCGUCAGCAAGUUGCCAUCAUCAUCCUGCGGGAAGACCGACAGAGAGACAGAGAGACGGAGUGACAUCCCGUCAUGGCGACACAAAUCAGCAGCACAACACGCACAGCACAUGUCAGUGGCUCACGCAUCCCCUACCGCAGGAGGGGCAGUGGUGGGCGGUGGCGGUGAAGGAGGAUCUGGACGAGGAGGGGUGGCUGGGCGAGGCGGAGUGGUUGUACGAGGCGGGGAAGGAGUGGUGGGCGUCGGUGAAGGCGGAGGAGGAGUGGUUGUGCGAGGCGGACAACAGACAUCACCACGGCACUGUCCCGGCAAAAGCACUACGGCCGAGUCGCCCCGGUCGAAGUAGCACACCUGCACACACACACUCGUGUACACACACAGCCGUGCCGCGUGCGAUGCACGUGCGUGUGCGCAACGUCAGCUGGCCCACCCCAUUGUUGUCGAUCAGCUUAGGAGUCGGAUCGACCUCGCCACCUUCCUGCACACACAGGGAGAGAGAGAGAGGCGUGGCACCACUCCAAGAAUGCCAGUGGCUCAUUCAUUCCUACCUCCGUAUCGUCAGCCAGCCAACAGCGGCCACCACACAGCUGUGUGUGCACCCAGCUCAUUGUGAUGUCCCCUCCUCCCAUCCCUGCCGCAGACUUCAACAGCCACUUUCCCCUGUCGACCGCAACAGCGCUGCAGUUAGGGUGGGAUUCGCAGCGUUCCGCGAGAUACGCGGCUGUCGUGACGACGGCCAACUCGCGUCGCUCGCCAUUCACUUCGCCACUCAAGGACAAGUUGAAGUCGGGGUUGUCGGCCACAAGCACGGUGCCAUUCACCUCCACCGCAAUGACGGGCACGCCCGGUGCCACCGGCACAACAGACAUCGUCGUGUUGAAAGUCUCCAGCAACGCACUUUCCUGCUCAUCACUUAUGCCUGAUUGAAACCCCACAGAGAGGCAGCUCAGCUUGACAGCUGCCCAUUACCGAAUGUCAACAGGUCUCCUCACCAGUGCUCUGCUCGGGAGCCGCACGAAUCCGCUUCGCGCGCGAGCCGCUUCCCCAGUCCGCCCGCAGAGAAACCACCAACACAGCGCUCACGACACCGGCCAGCGCGAGGAUGCCGACAACGACCACAAGAUCUCUCUUGUGCUCCUGCGCCCACAGAAGGAGCUUAUUCCCUUCGCUCGGCAGCUUCGCCAGGAACAGCUUGAGCGACGCGAAUGUCCUCCGGACGAAAGACACCAUGCGGGCGAGUAGUGAGGGGAGCGACUGCUGCUCCAUGGUGCUGUCGGCAAG